ACCUCCCGCUCCCUCCUUUCCCCUCUGGCCUCUGCGGCUCUGCCACUGCCAGGGGUGGUGGUGGGUGCUCGCUCGCUCAGACGCGCACUCAGCCAACGCCCAACGCAACCGCCUCGCCAGUCGCCACCAACACCAACACCACCACCGCCGCCGCCCCGAUCCGUCUCGGACUCGAUCGCCGGCCGCCGCCUGCGGGGGUGGGGUAAGUUUGGCCGCACCUGAGAGGCACAGCAGCCGGCCGGAGGGACAGCGGAUCGAGUACGCACCUAGCCAUGGGGGACGCCGCCGUGCCGGCGGGGACCCUGCAGAAGAGCUACUUCGACGUGCUGGGGAUCUGCUGCCCCUCCGAGGUACCCCUCGUCGAGAAGCUGCUGCGCCCGCUGCCCGGCGUCCACACCGUCACCGUCAUCGUCCCCUCCCGCACCGUCAUCGUCCUCCACGACGCCGCCGCCACGUCGCCAGCACAAAUCGUCAAGGCGUUGAACCAGGCGAGGCUGGAGGCGUCUGUUCGAGCCUACGGCAGUGGCUCCGAGGAGAAGGUAGCCAACAAAUGGCCGAGUCCCUACGUUCUUUUCUGCGGGGUUUUCCUGGUCGUCUCGCUCUUCGAGCACUUCUGGCCUCCCCUGAAAUGGUUUGCGCUGGUGGCGGCGGCGGCCGGCCUGCCGCCGAUCGUUCUGAGGAGCUUUGCAGCUGCCCGGAGGCUCACCCUCGAUGUCAACAUACUCAUGCUGAUUGCAGUUUCUGGGGCGAUAGCUCUGAAGGACUACUCUGAGGCUGGGUUCAUUGUUUUCCUGUUCACUACAGCUGAAUGGCUUGAGACCAGGGCAAGCCACAAGGCGACUGCUGGGAUGUCAUCACUGAUGAGCAUGACACCACAGAAGGCUGUUCUAGCAGAGACUGGGGAAGUGGUUUCAGCUCAGGAUGUCAAGGUGAAUACAGUAAUAGCUGUCAAAGCUGGGGAAGUCGUUCCAAUUGAUGGUGUGGUUGUGGAUGGACGGAGUGAGGUUGAUGAAAGUACCCUAACUGGGGAGUCCUUCCCAGUUGCGAAGCAGCCAGACUCCCAGGUCUGGGCCGGCACGCUCAACAUAGAUGGCUAUAUUGCUGUCAGGACCACUGCAAUGGCUGACAACUCCGCAGUGGCUAAAAUGGCAAGGCUAGUUGAAGAAGCACAAAACAGUAGGUCCAAAACUCAGAGGCUGAUUGAUACAUGUGCCAAGUACUAUACGCCCGCUGUUGUUGUCAUGGCUGCGGGGGUAGCAGUGAUUCCUGUGGCGAUCAGAGCACACCACCUCAAACACUGGUUCCAAUUGGCCCUGGUCCUUCUAGUGAGUGCUUGCCCAUGUGCUUUAGUGCUGUCGACGCCGGUUGCUACCUUCUGUGCUCUUCUGACGGCUGCGAGGACAGGGCUCCUUAUCAAAGGAGGGGAUGUCCUUGAAACCUUGGCAAGGAUCAAAAUUGCUGCUUUUGAUAAAACGGGUACAAUCACUAGAGGAGAGUUCUGUGUUGAGGAAUUCCAGGCAGUUGGCGAACGUAUCCCAAUGCAACAACUUCUUUACUGGGUAUCAAGCAUUGAAAGCAGAUCAAGCCACCCAAUGGCAUCUGUGCUAGUUGACUAUGCCCUGUCAAAGUCAGUCGAACCAAAAUCUGAUAAUGUUACUGAGUUCCAAAUCUACCCUGGAGAGGGGAUUUAUGGUGAAAUCGACGGGGAAGGUGUAUAUAUUGGGAACAAAAGAAUUCUGUCAAGGGCUUCAUGUGAAACAGUUCCUGACAUGAAAGAUAUGAAAGGAGUUACCAUCGGAUAUGUUGCCUGCAAAGGGCAAUUGAUCGGAGUAUUUACCCUCUCGGAUUCCUGCCGAACUGGAUCAGCUGAGGCCAUCAGGGAGCUGAGGUCACUGGGCAUCAAGUCAGUGAUGCUUACUGGGGAUAGUUCUGCAGCAGCUUCAUAUGCACAGAACCAGCUUGGGAACAUACUUGAUGAGGUUCACCCUGAACUUCUUCCAGAGGACAAAGUGAGAAUUGUUGAUGAACUCAAGGCAAAACAUGGCCCUACUCUGAUGAUUGGUGAUGGCAUGAAUGAUGCCCCAGCUCUGGCCAAGGCUGACGUUGGAGUCUCGAUGGGUGUAUCUGGUUCCGCUGUUGCAAUGGAGACGAGCCACAUAACUUUGAUGUCGAACGACAUCCGCAGGAUCCCAAAGGCUAUCCAGCUGGCACGGAGGACUCACCGGACUAUCAUCGUGAACAUCAUCUUCUCGGUGAUCACCAAGCUUGCAAUCGUUGGACUUGCACUCUCUGGACAUCCGCUUAUCUGGGCAGCCGUCCUCGCAGAUGUUGGCACAUGCAUGCUGGUGAUCAUGUACAGCAUGUUGCUAUUGAGAUCAAAGGGCGGUCGGAAGGCGAAGAAAUGUUGUGCCUCUUCACAGCAUGGGUCACACGCAAAGAAGCACUGUGUUUCCCGCCACUGCUCAGAUGGACCGUGCAAGUCGACAGGCUGUUCCAAAGAGUCGUCUGCUGGUAAACAUGGUUGUCAUGAUCAUGGCCAUGCCCACACCCACUGCAAAGAGCCGAGCAGCCAGCACCCUACAGAAAAGCACGCUUGUCAUGAUCACGGCCACAGCCAUAACCACUGCAAAGAGCCCAGCAGCCAUGUGGUCACGGAAAAGCAUGUUUGCCAUGACCAUGGAAACACCCAUAACCACUGCAAGGAGGCAGGCAACCAGUUGCUGCUUGUGGAGGGCCAUGGUUGCCAUGAUCGUGACCAUGGCCAUAGCCAUGAACACACCGGCAAGCAGGAUUGCCAUGGCCAUGAGCACAGCCACUGCAAAGAACCCAAGACUCCGCGUGCUGACAGUGAAGGUGCUUGCCAUGGCCAUGGCCAUGACCAUGGACAUGAACAUAGGCACUGCGAAGGGGACAGCCACUCACAUGCUACAGGUGAGCUUGGCUGCCAUGAACACUCUACUGUUGAGCAUGCUUGCGAGCAUCAGUGCCAUGCUGAGCAGCAAACUGUGCACACUGCGGAAACACACCACUGCCAUGACCAUGAGCAUGGACAGCACAAGCAUGACCAUGGGGAGAUUGAGGAGCCAGAAAAGGACUGCCAUGACCACAGCCACCACUGCUGCCAUGAGCCUCAUGACAAGGACAAGACUCCAGCUGAGCCAGUUGAAGAGGUCACGAUUUCAAUUGCUGCCCUUCCCAAAGAUGAAGGCCACCACCACAGCGAAGAACACAAGGGGGAGCACUGCGGGAAGGCGAAAGACUGCGGUGUUCCUGCUCCCACUGACUGCGCUGCGAGCAAGAACUGCUGCAGCGUCAAAGGUGGAGACACCUGCUCGAGCUCGCAGGCUGCGUGUGCCAAGGAGACCAGCCCGUGCUGCAGGAGCUACGUGAAGUGCCCCAAGACGACGGCGACGGUGACGAGGAGCAGCUGCUGCGGCCACAGCCACACCAUGCUGAAGCUGCCUGAGAUCGUGGUAGAGUAGUAGCCUAGUAUGGUGGGAAUUCCACCGGGGAAGAAGGGUGUGCACAUAUGAGCAUGACUCGCCGGCGUAAGAUAGACUAAGAUCGGCGGUGCAGGGUGUUUGAUCUAGUAUAUUCUAGUUACUAUAUAUACUUACUAUAUAGAUUUGCUAAAGAAAAAAAAAAGUAGGAUUUUGACCAAGCAGGGGUCUGAAAGGGAGGGCUCUGCUUGGUUUUCCUGCACUGCUUCUCUGUUUGCAACUUCUGUGUGACAACUCUUGAGUAUUGGUGCUGCAAUGGAGACUGUCACAAACGAAGAAUAUAACUGGUGCCGGCCAGGGCCAACACUAAUAUUCAGAAACUAUCCAUUUAGCCCCUUUUUUAAA